AUGAUGUACCGAUCCUAUGUCAAGUUUGCAUCAACAACACCGCGGUUUUUGGCCCCACAUACGCCGGCAACCAAGAAAGUGAAUUUCAAUGAUGACACUAUUUUUCGAGGGAAAUCUCUUUGGUGGCUCUUACGUGCCCUCCUUGUCCUUCGUAUGUGCAGGAUUGAGUACUUGUCUAAGAAUUCUGUUGCUCUGAUGAAGCGUGCGGAGUCUGUAUUUGGUCCAUACCUGGCGUACAACACCGUAGUUAAGGCGACUGUGUAUGGCCACUUCUGCGCUGGUGAAGAUGAGCGUGAACUGAAGUGUACUGUGAAGGCGUUGGAGAGCCAAGGCAUUGGCUCUGUUCUUGACUAUGCUGCAGAGGCGGAUGCGGAGGGGUUUGCACCGGCACCUGGUAUGGAAGAGGCACCAAACUUGUCCAUGGCAAAUCUCGUGCAUAACACCACUGUGACGUAUCUUCCGCAUGAGCGGUUGUAUGAUGAGAACAUGAAGCUCUAUGUCAUGUGUGUGAUGCAUGCCUCACUGAAUCUCCCAGUGAACGGUGCUGGAUUAGCAGCUGUGAAGGUGACGGGGAUGUGCCAGCCGCAGUUACUGGCACGAGUGUCGGCUAUUCUCCUUUCAGUGCACCAAGGUUGGGUGCGCUUCUUUACCGAAGAGGCAACUCCACCUCUUGAAGAGUGUCGUAUUGUGGUUGGGACAAAUACGGAACACCAACGGUUUCUCACGGAGGAUCAGGUACGCAAGGGUCUCUCACGCUAUGGCAACGUGCGUAAAUACACGGACAAGGAAAUAGAUGCUAUUCUCAAACUACUUGAUGAGAAUAAGGACGGAAAGGUAAACUACUACAAGUUCAAAAAGGUUGUAACAAGGGCUAUUCUUUCACUGGAUCCAACACCAGCGCAGAUGUUAAUCAGGGACAUGUUACCAACACUCACAGAAGAGGAGCGUGAGCUAUGGCGUGCGCUUUACAAGCGUUUGUCACUGAUUGUCCGUACAGCUAAAGAGCUCAAUGUUCGUGUUCUCUUUGAUGCCGAACAAACCUUCUACCAGCUUGCUAUUGACUACCUUGUUGUUGAAUUUCAGCGACAGUACAAUUUGGAUGAGCCAACUGUGUAUAACACAUACCAGUGCUACUUAACAUACACAGAGGAUCGUGUUUUUAAUGAUUUAACACGUGCUGAACUUGAAGGAUGGAUGUGGGGAGGAAAAAUGGUGCGUGGCGCAUAUAUGAACCAGGAAAGAGAAACAGCAUCAAAGUACAACUACACGAGUCCUGUGUGGUCGACGUAUGAAGAAACCAAUAAAUGUUACCAAGCAUGUGCAAAACGUGUGCUGGAUGAAUUCGCCAGACUUCCUGAUAAACCUUAUGAGGUAUUGUUCGGUACACACAACAAGGAAUCUGUACAAGAAAUAUCAGAUUAUCUUCUUAAGAUUCCUCCCACCAAAGGACAUGCUGUGUUUGCGCAGUUGUACGGUAUGGCAGACAAUCUGACUAUCCCUCUGAAAAAUGCCGGAUUUGAUGUAUUUAAGUAUGUUCCUUAUGGCCCAGUUAAGGAAACCGUUCAUUAUUUAGGAAGACGGGCAAUGGAGAAUUCUUCUAUUCUUACCUCUGGAGAUACGGAAGAGAUUGGGUUGAUGAAGAAGGAAUUGCGUCGUCGCGUUCUUUGGUUUAUGAAAUAA